AACGAAAAAAGGUCACCUCGCUUCUUCCGAAGCUCUCAAUAGAAACUACUUUUUGGAUUUCUAUAUUGCAAGGUGUUUUGUUAUACUUGGGCUGCUCGGCUGCAUAAACUAAAAAUACUGAUGGUAGAUGCCAAAGGAAAGAACAUGAAAUGUCUUACUUUUUUCUUAAUGCUUCCAGAAACAGUCAAGAACCGGUCUAAAAAGGGUCCGAAAAAAGCGAGUUCCACUAGCAGCAGCAGCAGCAAGUUGCCCCCAGUUUGCUAUGAAAUAAUUACAUUAAAAACCCGAAAGAAGAAGAAGAUGGCUGCUGAGAUUUUCCCGAGUAAGAAGCCAGCAAACAGCAAUUCCAACUCCGUGCUGCAAUAUCACCAGCAAAAUCUCAAUAACAAUAACACUAUCCCUUCCCCGAACUGGCAAGGACUUUAUGGGACCAUCAGAGAAAGAAAUGCAAUUAUGUUCAACAACGAGUUGAUGGCAGAUGUGUACUUUGUGGUCGGGCCAACUGGCGGAACACAACGCUUGCCCGGACAUAAGUAUGUUCUAGCUGUCGGCAGUUCCGUAUUCCAUGCAAUGUUUUAUGGAGAGCUUGCAGAGGACAAGGAGGAAAUCCGUAUACCAGAUGUUGAACCUGCUGCUUUCCUUGCAAUGCUGAAAUACUUGUAUUGUGAUGAGAUAGAUUUGGCUGCUGACACCGUCCUGGCAACUCUGUAUGCUGCUAAAAAAUAUAUCGUCCCCCAUCUUGCCAGAGCAUGUGUUAACUUCCUAGAGACCAGUUUAAGCGCUAAGAAUGCCUGUGUUCUCCUGUCUCAAAGCUGCUUGUUUGAAGAACCUGAUCUGACCCAGAGGUGCUGGGAAGUGAUUGAUGCACAAGCAGAGCUGGCUUUGAAAAGCGAAGGCUUUUGUGACAUUGACUUCCAGACACUUGAAAGUAUCCUUAAAAGAGAGACUUUAAAUGCCAAAGAAAUCGUCGUCUUUGAGGCGGCGCUCUGUUGGGCAGAAGUAGAAUGUCAGCGCCAAGAUCUGCCUCCAUCUAUAGAGAACAAGAGGAAGGUUUUGGGCAAAGCUCUCUACUUAAUUCGUAUCCCAACUAUGGCCCUGGAUGACUUUGCCAACGGCGCUGCACAGUCCGGGGUGUUGACUCUGAAUGAGACUAAUGAUAUCUUUCUCUGGUAUACAGCUGCUAAGAAACCAGACCUGGAUUUUGUAAGCAAUCCCAGAAAGGGGCUCGUCCCUCAGAGAUGCCAUCGUUUCCAGUCCUGUGCCUACCGCAGCAAUCAGUGGCGGUAUCGAGGCCGAUGUGACAGCAUCCAGUUUGCUGUGGAUAAAAGAGUGUUCAUUGCGGGUUUCGGCCUUUAUGGCUCCAGCUGCGGCUCAGCAGAGUACAGCGCGAAGAUUGAACUCAAGCGCCAGGGGGUGAUCUUGGGACAGAACCUAAGUAAAUAUUUUUCAGAUGGAUCCAGCAAUACAUUCCCUGUUUGGUUUGAAUAUCCGGUGCAGAUUGAACCAGAUACUUUUUACACAGCCAGUGUGGUCCUGGAUGGCAAUGAAUUGAGUUAUUUUGGACAGGAAGGAAUGACUGAGGUGCAGUGCGGAAAAGUAACUGUGCAGUUUCAGUGUUCCUCGGACAGCACAAACGGCACUGGGGUGCAAGGAGGACAGAUACCCGAACUUAUUUUCUAUGCCUGACCGCAUCCAUUUCUAGAAUCUGACGGACAAAGAGUGCAAUUCCCAGUACGGGAACAUACAGAAUGUGAUUUUUAUGUAUGUCGGUGAAAAUGCUGUCUGCACCUAGGUUACCUUAGCUGUUUGGCAUAGAUUACUGCUGUAUAGGGCGACUGUAAAUAAUGGCACUUUCUAAAAUCGUUUCUAAAAAUGUCAUUAACCUAAAGCCUGCUUAAUACAAAAGAAAAGAUAUUUUGCUAAAUACAUCAUAAAUUAAGCUUGUAAGUACUUAGAGUUUAUAUCAGAUGUAUCUUUUUAUCUUAAAUUCUUUAAGAAUCCACUAAACAAAGAUUUUGGGGCGUUAUUUAGUAAUGCAGUGUAGAU